GUUACAUAGGGGGUAUAGAAGUAGAAUAUUUCCUCAUACAUAAUUAAACUACAUUCCACUCCCCAUUAGGGCAACCUCUACCAUGUCUCUCUUUUGUAGUCUUGUCUUAUUCCUCUUCAUUCUCCUCUCUCUUAUUAACUACAAUGUUCACGGUGUCGGAAUAAACUAUGGGACUAUCGGAAACAAUCUCCCUUCACCAAAAAAAGUAGCUCAACUACUUGAAUCCACAAUCUUCGAUAAAGUUAAGAUCUACGAUACCAAUCCUGAAAUCCUUGAAGCUUUCUCCAACACGGGCAUUGAUCUCAUUGUUGCUGUUGAAAAUUCCCAAAUCAAAAACUUAAGCGAAAAUCAAUCCAAUGCAGAUAAGUGGUUCGUUACGCGUAUAUUACCUUUUAUUCCUUCCACUUCCAUCGUCACCAUUGCCGUUGGAAAUGAAUAUUUAACCGAUGAUCAAUUACUAGAUCAUAAAGCUCUGUUCCAAGCAAUGCAAAAUCUGCAUUCAGUUUUACUAUCACGCGGAUUAAACCGCAAAAUUAAAGUGUCUACGCCACAUAGCAUGGCUGUUCUUGCUUCUUCAUUUCCACCAUCGUCGUCUACAUUUGCUACCACUCUCCUUCCUGUUAUGACUUCUAUUGUCGAGCUUUUAUCUGAUACAAAUUCACCUUUCAUGAUUAAUGCUUAUCCAUAUUUUGCAUACCGCGACAAUCCCAGUAUGGUUAAUUUGGAAUACGCGUUACUAGGUAACGCGUCUGGGGUACGUGACCCUAAAGGUUACGCGUAUACUAACAUGCUAGAUGCACAAAUUGAUGCGAUUAGGUCAGCAAUCAAUGCAUUGGGAUUUGGGAACCGGAAUAUUCAAAUAUUGGUAUCAGAGUCAGGAUGGCCAUCGAGAGGAGAUACAUCUGCAACUAAUGAAAAUGCUAGAACUUAUAAUACGCGAUUAAUUCAACGUGCUCAGUUAAAUAAAGGUACUCCGAUGAGCCCUAAAGAUCGGAUCGAUGUGUUUGUGUUUGCGUUAUUCAACGAAAACAAGAAACAAGGAGGAGUUAGUGAGAGGAAUUUUGGGAUUUUCAACGGUGAUGGAACGAAGGUUUAUGAUGUGGAUUUGAGUUGCGAAUUUUGUAGUAAUGAGAAAUUUGGAGGGAAAAUAGAGUCGUCUUUGUUAAGUAGUCGUGGACCUUCAGUUUGGUGUGUGGCUAAGCCACAUGCGGAUGAGAAGGUAAUACAGGCUGUGCUCGAUUUCUGUUGUGGGCCCGGGGGCGUAGACUGUAGAGAAAUACAUGAAAAUGGCGACUGUUUUCAACCUGAUAAAGUUUACGCCCAUGCAUCCUACGCGAUGAACGCGUAUUAUCAGAUGCAUGGGCGGAAUUAUUGGAACUGUGAUUUCAAAGGAACUGGUCUUGUUACAUUCAGUAAUCCAAGUUAUGGAAAAUGCUUCUAUUCUCAUCAGUGACAUGGAAUCAAAAAAAGGAAGGGGUGUGUGAUGAAAGCCUUUAAUUUGUUACUCUUGAACUAUAGUAUAACAAUUUUAUGUAAUUCCCCUACCAUCAUGAAUUAAAGUUUCUCUUUUUUGACUAGAA